GUAUCGCACUGCAGAACGUCAUGUUUGCCUCAAUGCGACUAACUUGUGUGCGUGUGUAUGAGUGCGGAUUUUGCUGAGAAAAGUCGUCCCCCAAACGAUGCUCGCGGUCAAAGAGCAUGAGAGCUGUGGGUGAAAAAACUGUGUUUUAUCUGUCACAAAGAGAAGCAAUUAUUCCCAAAUUGGGCCACGCGUGAGAAUUUCUUCAUUCGCGUGUUUUUGAUGUGCUGGAAACGCGUGUAAUUGUUGUACGUCUGUUGCGUGCCCAAGGAUAACGAGGAGAGAGAGUGAGAGAGAAGAGAGAGGACCUUUCUUUUAUUUUUAUUUGUAACUUGGAUUGGGGCUAAACGAGAGAGGGUGGUCGGAUGUUUUCCGCGAAUGGUGGUGCCACCUGCUGAAUCUCACGACGACUAAAAGUGGGUGCUUACACCCCCUCCCGCUCCCUCCAGAACAACAAAAUAAACCCAAAAAAAUAAAUAAAUAAAAUGCCGCUCUUUGGCAAAAAGGACUCCAGCAAAAAAGCCAAAACGGGACGCGAUGCUGGACGUGAUCCCGAAAAGAGUCCCGCCAUUGAGGACAAGUAUACCCUCAAGGAGCUCCUGGGAACAGGUGCCUUCUCCGAGGUCAGACUCGCUGAAAGUCGCGACACACCUGGGCAGCUAUUUGCCGUGAAGAUAAUUGACAAGAAAGCCCUCAAGGGCAAGGAGGAUUCACUUGAGAAUGAAAUUAAAGUACUACGAAGGUUCAGUGCUUUACAAAAUGAGAGCGAUGGUCAAAACAACGGACCGGGGCUCACUCAUCCAAAUAUUGUGCAAUUACUUGAGACUUACGAGGAUAAAUCGAAGGUGUACCUGGUGAUGGAAUUAGUAACUGGUGGUGAACUAUUCGAUCGUAUCGUCGAAAAGGGUUCAUACACCGAAAAGGACGCCUCUGGGCUCAUACGGCAGGUGUUGGAAGCCGUUGAUUACAUGCACGAUCAGGGUGUGGUACAUCGUGACCUCAAACCCGAAAAUCUCCUCUACUACAGUGCCGAUGAUGAUAGUAAAAUCAUGAUAAGUGACUUUGGGCUGUCAAAAAUGGAAGAUUCCGGCAUUAUGGCAACUGCAUGCGGUACCCCGGGCUAUGUGGCACCAGAAGUGCUAGCACAGAAGCCCUACGGGAAGGCUGUUGAUGUAUGGAGCAUAGGUGUUAUCUCCUACAUCCUCCUAUGUGGCUAUCCACCAUUUUACGAUGAAAACGACGCAAAUCUCUUUGCGCAAAUUCUCAAGGGGGAAUUUGAAUUUGACUCACCGUAUUGGGAUGAAAUUAGUGAGUCAGCAAAGGAUUUCAUACAGAACCUAAUGUGUGUCAACGUCGACAAGAGGUAUACAUGCAAGCAAGCUCUAGCGCAUCCCUGGAUUUCAGGAAAUGCUGCAAGUAACAAGAAUAUUCACGGAACUGUUUCGGCGCAACUUAAGAAGAACUUUGCAAAAUCACGCUGGAAGCAAGCCUACCAUGCUGCCACAGUUAUCCGUCAAAUGCAACGAAUGGCCCUGAGUAGCAGCGGUUCGGCCACAAAUCAAGCAGCAGGACGGAGUGGCGAUACAGCAGACGCGAUAAGUUCGUGCAUUAAUGGUGGUGCAUCAAAGUGAAUCUCCUGGUACUCUCUAUCACGAUAGAGGAGUACCCGGAGCACACAAUCCUGCUCUCUACCGCAAUUAGUCCCCCACAGUCCAUUUUGCAAACUAUAUAUAUGAGAAAACAAAACGUCUGUGUUGCGGCUCAAAACCUUAUCUAUUCCAUUUUUAUUAUUCUUACUAUAUACCUAUACUAUACAUACUUGUUAUAUCUGGGCAAACUAUUUACUUAUUGUUAAUUGUUUUAUUUUUUUUAGAAAGUCUCAAAGACCUUUUUUAUAUUAUUUUUUAUUUUUUGUAAUUUAACACUUCUUUUUUGUUUUUUAUAUGAUUUUGGUUUUUAUCUGUUAUAUAUUUUUUUUACUAUUUUCUCUAUUUUAUUUGUUUUUUAAUAAACUUCCAUGACUAAUAAAAAAAUCGAAUAUAAUUAUUGUAAUUUGUAAAAAAAAAAGAAGAAAUUUUAAAUGUAUUUUGAUAAAUUUAAUCUCUCUAUCUCCCUCUAUCUCUUCUAAAACUUAAUUGUAAAUAGAUUUUAGUGAAAAAAAUGAAGAAAAGUUCACAUUAAUUAUAAAACAAAAAUUAGGUAAAAAUUGAGAUGGAAGUUGUAAUACUUUGGAGUUUCUUUUGCUUGAAAAAAUAAAUUUAAAAAAAAAACGUGUCGAUAGCCAAAGAAUGCGUAUACAAAGUGCAAGAAAAAAAAAUCUUUCUAAAUAAAACAUUAAAAAGAAAAAAUAUACUUAUGUGAUCUUCACAAAAAAAAAAACAUUUUUAAAAAAUUAAUAAGAAAAAAAAACUCUUUUAGAGAUGAAUCAGUGCAAUUGGCGGUUUUCAAAGCAAAAAAAUAUAUUCAUCGGUAUUUACUUGAUCUUCCGGAAUCUCUGUCUUAGACAACAAAUAAUAAAUAUAUAAAAAGAAAACUUAACUCGAAGAAUUUCUCUUAUUAUAAAAAAAACUACUUAUAACUAUUAAAUAAAAAACAAAAAAAAUAAAAAUGAUGAAAAUGUUAUUGAAGUAAAACAAAAAAAAAACACAAAACUUUAAGAAAAAAAAUCACAUUGUUGAAUUUGUUGAAUGAAAUAUUAUGAAGCCAAUAUAUUGUGAAUGAUUGUGGGUUUAAGGUGGCUCGAUGUCGAAAAAGGAAAACAAAUAAAUAAUUAAAGGAAAAAGAUGAAAAAUAAAUAAAAUAAAAUGAAACUUAUAGUUAAAAGUUGAAUGCAUAAGCUAAAAGCAAACAACACGUUUUUGUCAAGUUUUUAAAACAAAACGAGGCUGAUUUUAUUCUGUGAUCUUAUAGUGUGUGAAGGAAAACUUAAAAAGAAAAACAAACAAAUAAAAAAACUUGGGAAUUACCCGCCAUAUUGAAAUGUGCAACAAAAGAAAAAAAAGUUUAAAAGAAAAAUUGCUGAGAAAACAGAAAAGAAUUUUUUGUAUAUAAAAAAUAUUCCUUCUCUGUCUUUUUUCCAUUUUCUUAAACAAAAUUUUUUUUUAAGUAUUGAAAGCGGCCUAAAAAGGGCAAUAAAUCCAACAUUUCCUCUAUCUUUUUAUUUCUUAAUAAAAAAAAAACAAAACAAAUAAAACGUAAAAAGAAUAUAAACCAACAGCUACGUAACAUUUCCAGAUAAAAGCAAUUUAUUUUAUUUUUUGUUCAGAACGAAUCACACAAAAGACUCCGAAAAAGUAAUUCAGUUUCUCUCUUAUUUUUUAUUCUCAAAUUAAGAAAAAAUCACUAAAUAAUUAAAAAAAAAAAACACUCAACCCGGUUAAAAGACAUGCAUGGCAAGUUAUAUUGGGAUGACGAGGCAACACUUAAAAAUAAACUAAAAGAAGAAUAUUAUAUAUAUGGACACAUAGUCACCUUAGAAAUGGUUAAAUUUGUAACGUAUUGACUUAAAAAUGAAAAAAAAAGAAACAUAGACAAUGUGUGAAAAACAUAAAUUAAUGUAAAACGGGAUUUAUGAUGGAGGAUGCAUCCAAACAGAAUAAACACAUUAAAAGAAAAAAA